AUGCCGUCUAAAAUUUCAAAGUGGUUAUCUUCCUACAAACCAUCAUCUCGUGAGGCGAUGGAUGAAUUUAUCACAUGGAUGUAUUCAAGUAACAAACUAGUUGAUGAUAUAGAAGAUACGUUUGAAAAGCUAGUCUCCUCCAAUACUAUUUCUGAUGUCUGUCAAAGAUUAUUUGUAUUUUAUAAAUCUGGUUUACCGGCCUUACAAAAUUUUGUUGUUCUUCUUUUACCUUCAUUAUUGCAUUCAUAUUUAUGUCAUUCUUAUGAAGAUAAUAGCUCAUCAUCUCAGACAAGAAAAAUUGUUUCAAAUAUAUCAGAUUCAUCCCAGUCAUCAUUUUUAAUCAGUUUGAGUUUGUUAGAAUCAUGUUUGCUGAGCAUAUGCAAUUAUUAUCUUGUAAAAGCUGACCCUUUAAAAGGUAAAUUUGAAAGCUUUAUAGGUGAUAUUAAUAACUUUCGUCUACCAUCGUUAACCACACCGUCUGUUUUUCAUAAUCCUGUUCCUAUUAAGGAAACAAUCGAAAGAAAUGAUGCCAAUGUUAAAACUGAAAGUGAGAAUUUGAAUCCUCUUAGAGUAUCUGCGAUAAUAUGCCUAGUUCAAAAUUAUAUUGAAAUAUUAUCCACUCUUGAUCUGCAAAAUCCUAUUAUAUCUGUGCUAGUAUUUCACUCAUUGUCAAGAUUUUCAAAGUUUUCAGAUCGUGUUGUUAGCAUAUCAAAACGUCCUCGUAUUCCAACUUCAUCUGGUUUAUUAAUGAUAUUACUGGAUUGUUCAGAUCUUAUUUUAUUUAAACUCGAUUGCUUUGAUAAAUACUCUGGAAGUAAUAAUCGUAUUACUGACUCAAUCCGAUCUUCUAUACUAGACAGUAUUAUAGAAAUUAGUAAUCGUGCUACGCAUCAUUGUUUUUCUUCUUGUCUUUUAGUAUGUCAGUCUUUAUUACACUAUCGCAGUAUUUAUUACGAUUAUUGUGAUCAAAAACGUAGGAUGGAAGAUGGACAUAUUCGGGAUAUUGAAAAUACCCCUACUUCUCGAAAUGGACUUACUAAUUCUACUCACAUUCCACCUGUGAUCUCUAUAAACUCUAUAGAGGAUAAAACUUCACGUACUGAGUAUACUCCUCGACCAAAACUUAGCUCUACAAAUGCUGAAGUAUUUACAAGUGCUUCAUUUAAACCAGAAAUUGUAUCUGAAGAUAUAACUCCAGUCAGUGAAAAUUCUCGAUCGUCCAGACCAGACAAAAUGACAGGCCCAGUGGAGGAUGUUAAUAAUGGGGCUAGUGCAAGUAAUAAUACCAAUAAGAAGCAUUCCAGUGAAGUACAUGAAAGAAAACACAAUAAGUUAAACAUUGGUGUUGA